AAGAUAUUUGAACCUUUAAUCCCAGCACUCGGGAGGCAGAGUCAGGCGGAUCUCUGUGAGUCCAAGGCCAGCCUGGUCUACAAAGUGAGUCCAGGACAGGCACCAAAACAACACAGAGAAACCCUGUCUCGAAAAAAAAAAAAAGAUAUUUGAAGAGGCCAUAUAGAAACCCCCUAUCUUAUAAACUAGCUAUUGUCAAAAUUAUUAAGGCCACUCCACGUAGUUAAAAGGAAGGUUUAUUUAGUGGCAUAACUUACAAAUGAAGGGAUAGGUAGGUCGCAGGGUCUGGGAAAGACAUAGCGCAGUCCAGCGGUGUUCUCUGGAGAACUCUGAUCGGUCUAUCUCCAGCGCAUCUUCAGGGUCCUCUCUUGGCCCCGCCUUGUAGUUACCGAAGCCUCAAUGGGGGUUGGAACUUCCAGAUCAAGGUUGGAAUGGCUACCCACUACAUCUCCCCCUUUUGUCUAAAUAAGAAGUUUCUAACCUAAUACAAGACUAUAUACAAGGAAAGGUUAUCAAAUAUUGUCCAGGGGUAAAAGAGGAUUAAUGACCUAGAUAAGAUGGAACUACAACCAAUGCAAACAAUAUUAAGCAAAAAACACAAACUAAAAUCCAGAGAAGUCGCCGGGCGGUGGUGGCGCACGCCUUUAAUCCCAGCACUUGGGAGGCUACACAGAGAAACCCUGUCUCGAAAAAACCAAAAAAAAAGGUGUGCACCACCACUGCCUGGCAUUGUCCUUGAAUUGUUAUUAGAAAAUGUCAUAGACUGUAUAGGUUAUAAAGGACGGAAAUUACUUUCUAGCAGUUCUAGAAACUGGGAAGCCCUAUGACCAAGGUGCCAGUAGAUUCCAUUGCCAAUUUUCUGCUUCCUGUUGCAAAAUGACUUUAGUGUCCUCACACAGUGAACGGGGCAAACAACCUCCCGUAGGCCUCUUUAAUAAUAGCGUGAAUCCUACUCAACAGAGCUCUUGAGCUAAUCAUCCUCAACCCCAAACACCACCAGUUUAGGGAUUAGGAUCUCAACAUGAAUUUGGGGAGACAGAAACACACAGACUAUAACAAUUGUUAAGUUUAAAUAUAUUCUUCUAAACUGUUAGUUGCUUAGUUCUAGACUAAAUAAUCAAGAAAAGAAUGACAAAUCUGUUUUCUUAUAUAUGCUCCUUUUCAUAUUCCUCUUCUUCAACCUAUUCAUAUACUUUUAAAAAUAUUAUACGUAGGGUGUGGUAUAAUCAUUUGGAAGGCUGGGGCAGAAGGGACUUGACUUCCAGACAAGUCUGGGCUCAUAGCAAGAUCCUGUCUCAAAAUGUACUAUAAACAAGUCUGUGACCUUCAUAUCAUGGGCUAUGUCCAAGUUUGCAUGGCAUUCACAGCCUUUGAAUCAUUACUCUUGCACAAUUGUCACAGUCACUACCAUUGAAAAGACUGAAGCAGAGCAAAGGAAUGCAACUCAGUGUCUGAGAGAGAAAACACAAUCUCCAUGCAACUGUGUUUAGAGAAAAGCAAAAACAAAAAUAAAAUUGCCAGCCUGAAUAAUGAUUGUACCACAGUGUAAGGAGAUGAAAAAUAAAUGAAACCUUUUCCAAAUUCUGGGACUUAAUCCAUUUUGUGAAUGAGAAUUUUGACAGAGAACUCCCAUUAAGCAAGCCUGGACAAUUUAUAGGAUCAAUUUUGGCGUCUAAAACCAGAGGAUAGAAUUAAAACCUGCUGUAACAGAUGAUUCAUGUACUAGUGUCACCAUCCUGUACCUGUGUGAAUAUGGAAAUGAUUCCACUUGGUGGCUGCCUGAGUAUCAGUUUCUCCUGCAACAUUAGGGAGAGACAGAUGUUUCUCAUGAAAAAUGGAGCCAUUUGCGUGUGACUCUUGGUCCUGCGUUUUCCAUGGAUAUUGUAGCUACCCUCGCUCCCUCUGUUAGGGUCCUGGAGAAGUCCCACAAAAGACCAUCAUCCACAUAUGCAAACAGCAAGAGUGUUUAUCUCAAGAAAGCUUCCAGUAUGCUGGUGUCUCCUAUUCCAUAUAAAGGCAGGAAAGGAGAAAUUCCAUAAAUCCCAACACUGGGGCUUUUGUAACAAUGUCAGGAUGCUGGUGAGUGAUGAGAAGCCUGGAAUAGGUGGAGAGCUGCUACCUGGGCAAAAGAUAAGGCCUAAAAACACUAUAUAUCCCAAAGGAGAUGGAGCCGAUGCACCAUCCUGGGUAGCUUUUGAUAAACAGGUAUUAUCUUUUGAUGCCUAUGUGGAAGAUGAAGUGCCUGAUAAAAGGCAAGAAAAGUAUAGAAUAAGAUACUAUAAAAUCUAUUUCUACCCUGAAGAUGACACCAUUCAAGUAAAUGAACCAGAAAUGAUAAAUAGCGGACUGCCUCAAGGCACUUCUAUCAGGCGCCAUCGGAUUCCUCUCCCACCUCCGGAUGAUGAUCAGUUUUAUACUGUGUUUCACUUUAAUAUCAACACAGCUGUUGUCUUCUAUGGGCGCAAGUUCAAGAUUUAUGAUUGUGAUACAUUCACAAAAAAUUUUCUAAAGAAAAUAGGAGUCAAACUGAAUCCUCCAGAACCACGUCCAGUAGAUCCCUACAUGAAGAUGCGGAGAGAGAUAUUAGAGUUUGUGGAUCCCUUUCGUCCCUAUCAGUACUUUGACACUCUGAAACAGUUCCUCCAGUAUGAUGGGAAGGUUUUGCGUUUCUUCUGCCUGUGGGAUGACUCAGCCUCACUGUUUGGGGACCGUAGAGAACUUGUCCUGCAUUACUUCCUGUCUGAUGGUACUGUUGAAGUCAGAGAAGUACUGCCACUUAAUUCAGGCCGGGAUGCCAUGUCAUCAUUCCUUCGGAGGAGUAAGCUUCCCAAGUAUGGCCCACCUGGAGUCUUUCAACCAGGCCAGAUAACAAAUCGAGCAGUCCUCAAUGUGUAUGGGGGCUUGUCAGAAUGGCGAGCAGAUGGCUACCUGUUGGAUAAAUACCAGCUAGGAAAAAUAGAGCAAGAGUUUUACACAGACCAGGACCUGGCUAUAGGUGCCACCAUCAAUGUGUGGGGAAGGAAAGUCCUCCUCUGUGACUGUGAUGAAUUUACCAAGACCUAUUACAGGACAAAGUAUGGAAUUGAUAAUUUUACCGCCAUUUCAUGCAAGCCGCCUCCUCUUCCAAAAAUAGAAAGGAAGUACCCACCUUACACUGGCUUUGGGUCUGAAGAGGAUUCUUUCCGCUCCUGCGUGGGACUCAAGCCCACACCCCAUCGGAGGAACUUCAAAAAAUUCAUGGAACUAGACAGCUAUGGAAACAUAAGUAACACACUCCGGUAUUUUGCAAAACUAGUCACAGACAAAUGUGCUGAUGCAGACAGGAUGUUCAUUAUUGCGUUUUAUCUCGGUGAUGACACAAUUUCAGUAUUUGAACCUAUAGAGAGGAAUUCAGGGAACACUGGUGGGAUGUUCUUGAAAAGAAGUCGUGUGAAAAAGCCUGGUCAAGAAGUCUUUAAAAGUGAAUUUUCAGAAUACAUCAAGGCUGAGGAGCUCUAUGUUGGAACCACAGUGAAUAUAAAUGGCUACCUGUUUAUUCUGCUUAAUGCUGAUGAGUACACCUUGAGGUACAUGGAGAAUAACACAGACAAGUUUCCAUAUAGCAACUUUGACUUUGCCGUACAAAAGCUGAAGCAAGAAAAAUCUAAAUUAAGAGAGAUCACGCAGAUAUUUUCAGCUGUUGACAGUAAUCACACGAAGGUGGUGCCUUAUAAUACAUUCAGAGAAAUCCUAAUGAACAUAACUAUGGGGAAGCUCAUAGAGCAGGAAUUCAUAACCAUUGCACGUCACUACUGUGUGCCUGAAAUCAGGGAUCCAGAUAUAACUUGCUUAAUUGCACAGGCACAUGAAAAGUUCAAGAAAAAUAUGUUUGAGAAUUUUGACACAUUCGUUUAUAAGUGUGUGUACGAAGACAGAGAAAAAAAAGGUGUAUUACCCACCAAAGACAUCAAAAGAAUGUGCAAGUCCUCCAGGUUACCUUUGAGUGAUGACCUUCUGGAUAGCUUACUGUCCAGAUUUGAAGACAAAGAACAACAAAUAAAUUACGAGUUAUUUUUCUCUAUCCUGAACUGGAGAAUGAAUCCAACACCUGAACUGCAAUCCCCACCAUACCUUAAAGAGAAAUGUGAAGAUGUUUGGAUGGGAAUGCCAUCACCGAUUCCUGUGAAAUACAUUAGAUACUUAGACUUUUUGAAGGAAGUGUAUGGCUUAGAGGAGAACGGACUGUGAAAGUUUCGAUGGACUCUCUUUGAUUUACUGCUCUCAUUUUGCCAUGUUUAUUUUAAUAGAUAUAAUUUCAUUAAAAACAAAAAAGAAACAAGGUUUGUAUUAAAUGGAAAUCCAUAAACCACAUUUAAUCUUCCUUUGUCGCUGUAGUUCUUCAGAACAAACAGCCUGUUAUACUGCUGAUGUACCGGCACUAUUAAAAAUACCAUUUAAAACAAUGUUGACAAUUUUUGUUGUAUGCAUUAUUUAUGAAUACCAAAGACUCUUACAAUAAUUUCCAUCUAAUAUAAUUUGAUUCAUUGCAAUGUGAAAGGAAAAUGAUUUUUGACAGCUGUGCAUGACAAUAUAAAAUCAAAUUAUGUCAGACCAAUAAGUUAUGAUUCUGUUAAGCAUUUUUGAAAUCCUUUUGACACAUGUUUAUUACUUACAUAAUUAACUUUUGUAGCAACACACCUCAUCAAAAAUAAUUCUUAAACCUC